AUGCAUAGCAGCAUCCUCUGCUAUGCAGCCUUGACCGAGGGCAAGUUGCCCCCUACUGGUGAGCCAUCCAAAGAGCCUGAAAAUGUAACAGAGACUGUUGCUGCUCCAGAUGUGACACUGCCACUGGCUCAUGAUGCAGUCAUCCGUGUUCAAAAGAAUGACCCCUCUCUGGCCAAAUGCUUUGUUGCUGUUGUGAUGGCAUUGCUAAGUGUAAAACACUUUUCUGGUAGCACACAAAAGCUUUGGGAUGCCUGCUUCCUUGGUGUGUUGCAGAUAGUGCAGCUGACGAUGGACUCUAGCCCUCUGGUGGCCAACAGAGUGCACAACAUUGAUGUGGGUUUUGCCGCUCCUAUCAAGCAGCAUGGCUACCACUGCUCCGUUGAGAAACGUCAGGUCAUGAACACUGAAAUUGACUAUCUGGUCCUUGCAACAGGAAUGGUCACCAUAGAAUCUCCAGGGACUACAGUGUGCUACCAGUCUAACCCACUAUUUAAAUGCACAUUUGAGGAGGCAACAGGCAGCGCUGGCUGGAACAUGAGCAGGAAGAAUGAGCGCUUUGAGCUCAACAAUGGCAGUGUGGUGCAACUGGACCACAACUGUACCACACAGAAAUACAAGUCUUGUGUUACAGUUAUACUCAGGAAGGUGACAGGCAUCUGGGCAGGCACAUACGAGUGUGGAUUCAUUAGUGGGUCAGUCAGGCACACAGCAAAGACUCAACUAAAUGUGGCACUACUGCCUGAUGUGAUCACCAUGAAAAUCAGUCCUCUUACUGUCGAGUGUUCGAAGAGCUCUGAUGUUUACAUUAACGUGACUGCUACCAUCCCAAAAAGCACACAGAACUUUGAAGUUUUGUGGAGCAACACGGAGGGUGAAACAUUUUGCAGGGAGGAAGAAAUAAAUGGGGAGCUUUGGCCCAAAACCCCAGCUGGAGAUACAGUGAUUAAUCAGACAUGUGCAGAGGGCAGAGUUGGGUAUAAAUCUCGCACUUGUGACGGCACUACCUGGCAGCCAGUAUUCUCCUACUGCAUCAACCAAGAGUUGAACAAAGUUUUAAACGCAGCAGAAAACUUCCAGAAAGGACUAGGGGCUACCCAGGAGGUGGCCAUGGAUAUAUUUGAAGGACUUAAGAACAGCUCUAAAUUUGUUUCUGAUUCCAGUGACACUAUGGCCGACAUUAGUGCGUCCAUCAUCAUUCUAGGUGUCAUGGCCAAUGCAUCAAAAAAUAUUGUCUUACAAGAGGGAGUGUUUCCUGAUUUUGUUGAUACAGCAAGCAAUAUAUUAAACAAGACCUGGGAUGGGGUCAACACAUCGACCGUUCAGUACAUGUCAUCAAAUUACCUUCAGUCUGUGGAGGAUUUGGUGAAGAAUAUCAAAGUGAACAAGACCAGGAGAAUCAUCAGUCAAAACUUAGACCUCAAAUUCUGCUCAAGAAGUGACUGUGAUAUGUCUGUGUUCGAUAUCAGCGUGAACCUAAGCAAGACUACUGGAAUAAUGAAAACUGUUGCUGUGAAAAAUAUAAUGGAUAAAUUAAGAAACAACUUCCACAAAACGGUACCUACCAGCCUCUUAAUAUCAGCCACACUGGAGGACAAAAGUGAGUCUUUAGAAAUUACACUGGACUUCCCGAACAAACAGUUUAACCCCAAUAAACCUUUCUGUGUCUUCUGGAGCACCACGGAUACAAGUUGGUCAGAUGCCGGAUGCAUUGUUAAAAGUAGUGAUAUUAACCACACACUCUGCAAGUGUAACCACCUGACUUCAUUCUCUGUCCUCAUGGCCAAGAAUGAUAUAUCUAGUUAUGUCCUCAGUAUCAUUACCAAUGUGGGCCUGGGUGUAUCCAUCUGCUCCUUGCUGAUCUUCCUUAUCAGUGAGUCACUAGUGUGGUCUGUUGUGGUUAAGACCAAUCUUUCACAUUUUCGUCACACAGCAAUGGUGAACAUUGCCAUGCUCCUCUUGCUCGCUGACUGCAGUUUUUUGGCAUCCACCUCUCCUGAGAUUCUUACUGACACCUGGUGCCUAGUUUUGACCAUAUGCAAACACCUGUUUUUCUUGGCCAUGUUCAGCUGGAUGCUAUGCAUGAGUGCCAUGCUUGUCCACCAGCUCAUCUUUGUCUUCAGCCCACUGAGGAAAAGAGUCUUCAUGUUCCUCUCCAGCAUCGUAGGCUAUGUUUGCCCAAUUCUAAUAGUGGGAUCCAGCUAUGUGUAUUACAAAUACAGUAACAAGCCCUACCAUGAUAAGAAAACAUGCUGGCUAGUUUUUGAAAGACUCUUGGAGGGCUCCAUGCAUGCUUUCCUUCUCCCUGUGGGAACUGUUACUUUGACAAAUCUCUUUUUCAUGGUGGUUGUCAUUCUUACUCUGAUGAAGUCCUCGGUCCCCAAUGGCGGCAAGGCAGAUGAGAGGGAAACAGCCAAAAGCAUCCUUAAAGUGGUGGUCUUUCUAACACCACUCUUUGGAGUAACAUGGGUGAUUGGCUUCGUUAUGGUCAUAUUAGAAAAAGACCACCCUAUGUUUGCUGUUGCUAACUUCAGUUUUACCAUCCUCAAUUCCUUCCAGGGCCUUUUCAUUUUGGUAACAGGGUGUUUUGCAGAGCAGAAGGUUCGAGAGGAAUUGUUAAAGCUCAUAAUGGCAAAAUCAAAAGGAAAAAGUGACAGCACGAAGAAUUUGACUUCAACCACAUACACAAAAGACAAAUGA